AUGGAUGCUUACUCGAUAUGCUGCACUAGUCCCGCCGCUAGGCAUACUUCCAAGAUCUACCAGGAUCUUUGGUCUACUCGACCGCAUACUCGCGUUGGCUUUGAGCAGGAUAAGUUCUUAAGGAAAUUUGCAACUAUGGGGAGUUCGGAACAGCGUUGGAGGGCUGAUCUUACCUCAAAACCACACAUUGCUGUGAUUGGUGCUGGCCUUGCUGGUCUAAGAUGCGCAGAUGUUCUCAUCCAGAAUGGAUUCAAAGUCACCAUAAUAGAAGCUCGGAAUCGUAUUGGUGGUCGUCUACAUCAGGAAGUCCUACCUAAUGGACAUCUGGCCGAUGUUGGGCCUAACUGGAUACACGGAACUGACGAUAACCCUAUGCUGGAUCUGGCCAAGCAGACGAAUACAGUUGUUGGCGAUUGGGACUCGACUUCCUGCGUUUUCACUGAGUCUGGCGAGCUCUUAUCGCUCAAAGAUGGCGAAAAGUACUCUACCAUUGUGUGGGAUAUCGUGCAAGACGCCUUCCAGCACUCUAAUAGCAACUCGCAAGAUAUCAACUCCAAGGAAAGUCUUCAUGACUUUUUCGUACAACGAGUAGCUGAGAAGGUACCCGAUACCGAGGCUGACCACGAGAGGAAACGAAGCCUCAUUAUGCAAAUAUCUGAGAUGUGGGGUGCUUUUAUUGGCAGCCCUAUUUACAGGCAGAGUCUCAAGUUCUUUUGGCUUGAGGAGUGCAUAGAAGGUGAAAAUUUGUUCUGUUCAGGCACUUAUAAGAAGAUUCUAGAUGAGAUCGCGAAACCCGCUCUCCAGGGUGCUGAGAUUAAGUACCAAACCAAGGUGGACAGAAUAUCAUACAGAACAAAACCCGAGGAAAAGGCCAAAGUCCGAACGGAAAGUGGCCAGACACUUGAAUUUGACGAGGUUGUCGUGACCGCACCUCUGGGGUGGCUAAAAGGGAACCUUGAUGCUUUCGAGCCUGCGCUGCCAGCGCGAUUGACCAAGGCGAUUGGCUCCAUCGGCUACGGCUGCCUUGAAAAAGUAUAUAUCAACUUUCCCAAAGCUUACUGGCUUGGUAGUAAAGAUGACGAUCGAAAAGCCGAGGGAUUUGUACAGUGGUUGUCUCCGAAAUAUGUUUCUGACACAAACCCAAAGAGGUGGAAUCAGGAGGUGGUGGAACUCGCAAGCCUUGGCCCAGAAGUAUCACAUCCUACACUUCUAUUCUACACCUACGGCGAGCAAUCUCAGUUCAUCACCGGCGAGCUGUCUAAGAUAUCAGAUCCGCAGAAGAAGGAUGAGUUUCUUCUCAACUUCUUCAAGCCCUACUACUCGCUACUGCCACACUAUGCAGAGAGCAGCCCUGACUGCCAGCCUUCUGGCUUCAUGGCUACGGACUGGCUCAACGACGAGCUGGCGGGUUUUGGAAGCUACAGCAACUUUCAGGUUGGUUUGGAAGAGGGCGAUACAGACAUUCGGACUAUGCGGGAGGGUAUGCCGGACCAUGGAUUGUGGCUGGCGGGCGAGCACACGGCGCCGUUUGUCGGUCUAGGCACAGCGACUGGAGCCUAUUGGAGCGGUGAAGCGGUCGGAAAGAGAAUAGCGGAGGCUUAUGGACGAUCCAAGUAA